AUGGUUCGGCGUCAUGUGAACGUGCACUAUGUACCUUGCGAUAGUUGCACAGAGAUGCCAGAAGACUAUGUGCGUGAGGCACUAACGCGACCUGGGGAUUACGUCAAGUACCAGACGUUGGUGAAGGAGAAAGACUGGAAGGUAUUGGAUCUCACGUCGGAUGCGGAAUACACUGCAACGGUGAAUGCCGUAGGAGCUAAACAAUGCCCUGGUUGUGGCAUUGGUGUGCAGCGCGACUUCGGAUGCAUCCACAUGACGUGUCCCAAUGGUCAUCAAUUUUGUUACACGUGUUUACAGCGUUGGGGAUCGUGCCACUGCCCUCUGAUCCCAGACGCUGAAGUGCGAGAUAUUCUUGGCGAGUGA